UGUUGUAACAUGUACCACACAGCCAGUACUUGCCAGAUAUUCCUGCAGCUCCUUUAAUGUUGCUGUUGGACUCAUGGCAGCCUCCCAGACCAGUUUGUCUUUUCAUAAUUUGGUCAUCUCCUGUUCUAUGUCCACAGUCUCUGGUCAUCUCUGUAGUAUGUCCGCAGUCUCUGGUCAUUUUCUGUACUAUAUCCACAGUCUCUGGUAAUCUCCUUUACUGUCUGCAGUCUCUGGUCAUCUCCUGUACUGUCUGCAGUCUCUGGUCAUCUGUACUAUGUCCACAGUCUCUGGGCAUUCCCUGUACUAUGUCCGUAGUCUCUGGUCAUUCCCUGUACUAUGUCCGCAGUCUCUGGUCAUCUCCUGUACUGUGUCUGCAGUCUCUGGUCAUCUCCUGUACUGUGUCCGUAGUCUCUGGUCAUCUCCUGUACUGUGUCCGUAGUCUCUGGUCAUCUCCUGUACUGUGUCCAGAGUAUCUGGUCAUCUCCUGUACUGUGUCCACAGUCUCUGGUCAUCUCCUGUACUGUGUCCGCAGUCUCUGGUCAUCCCCUGUACUGUGUCCGCAGUCUCUGGUCAUUCCCUGUACUAUGUCCGCAGUCUCUGAUCAUCCC